UUCUCCGGUGGCGGAAGUGACGCCAUAGGACCCAAGAUGUCGGCUCCGCUCGAGGUUGUGUUGAGCAGCGACGCGAGCUCUCAGCUUUGGAACGUGUCCGUGUUCGACGCGCACAGCGGCUCCAGCCUGCUCUCCUACCGGGGGGGCAACAGCUCGGCCCGCACGCUCUGCGUCCUCAACGGCCAGUACCUGCUGUCCGCGCAGCUGGCCAAGAACUUCAUCAACGUGUGGGAGAUCCACAGGAAGGAGCAGCUACAGCAGAAGAUCGUUUGUCCGGGUGUGGUCACGUGCAUCAGCGCCUCCACCGACGGAAUCUUCUUGGCGGCCGGUGUGGCCGAAGCCGUUUAUUUGUGGGAGGUGUCCACAGGCAAGCUGCUGUCCGUGGUCACUCGCCACUACCAGGACGUCACCUGCGUCAAGUUCACUGAUGAUGGUAGCCAUUUUGUUUCUGGGGGGAAAGACAGUGUGGUUCUGGUGUGGAGUCUCAGCAGUGUGAUCCAAGUGGAGUUAAGCCACACCCCCGAGCCUCGCCACAUCCUGUCCCGUCACUCUCUGCCAAUCACAGACCUCCACUGUGGCAUGAUGGGAGUGCAGGCCCGUGUCGCCACCGCGUCCUUGGACCAAACUGUGAAGCUGUGGGAGGUAUCUUCGGGUGAGCUCCUCCUCUCGGUCCUCUUUGAUGUGGAGAUAAUGGCUGUGACCCUUGACCCCUGUGAGUACUUCCUGUUCUGUGGCGGAAGCGACGGGAACAUCUUCCAGGUUUCUCUGAGCACUCAGGGCGCGUCGGCCGACAAAUCGUUCCCGUGCGACGGCGCUGACGGGAAGCAGAUGUUUAAAGGUCACAGGAAGAUGGUCACCUGCCUGUCGGUUUCCACGGAUGGGACGCUUCUGGUGUCGGGAUCGCACGACGAGUCGGUGCGACUUUGGGACAUUCAAAGCAAGCAAUGCGUCCGUUGCUUUGCCCACAAAGGCCCGGUGACAAACGCCACGAUCACUGUGGCUCCGGCCAAUAUGUUCCUGCCCGACUCACGCCCCUCUGUCCACCUGCCGCGUUUCAGCCGCCACCAGUUGGAGGGCGACGGCGGCCAGUCGGGCGAAGUGUGCGUCCGCCUUGGACUCCACGCUCAGGAAGAGGAGCCGGCCUAUCUGCAGAAAGCCGAUAGGCUCAAUUCCUUAAUGAACACCGUGACGGACAAGUGGCUUUUCGGAGAUGGCGAGAACACCAAAGUGCGUGUGGUAGAGUUGGAAGAGGAAGUUCAAACGCUGAAGAAGGUCAACAAAGAUUUGUACGACUUCUCCAGUCAGCUGCUGACAAAACCCACGUGAAGACUUUAGUAACGAUGACAAUGUAGUGCUUUCUUUUGUGACGACAAAAUUCUAGGUUUUUUUUGUUUUUUUUGUAACUACAACAUUCAAGUUUUUGUUUUUUUUCUCUCACUUCCUGUCCACCUUGCAUCAAGUCAUGAUUCCCAGAAAUAAAACAGACUUGUGCAACUGGUUAGGACCACAUCCGUUCGGCUUAAGUAGCUACUCUUGUAGUUGUCGUAGAGCUGCAGUAUCUUGAUCACGUCUAUCAGGGGUAGCCUUGCCUAAAGUAUUAACCCUAACCUAAUCUAGGUCAGGGGUCAGCAACCUUUUUGAAAGUGGGAGCUAUUUCUUGGGUAUCGAUUAAUGCCAAGGGUUACCGGUUUGAUGCACACUUGUGAAAUGACAAUUGAAUGAUUAUGCUUUUAUUAAAACAGAAUGAAGACACUGAUCAUGUUCACAGUUAACUGAUUUCACGUGGUAGGGAACAAAUAUCACACACAUUGAGAAGUGUAGCGUAUGGUCCGUGUGGGCGACAUGUUGGUGACCCCUGUUCUCGACCAAUCUUCAGCACAUCUCUCGGAGUUAGCCGAACCUGAAUAAUCUACAUCUAUGGUGAACACAAAUCUUUUCGGCAAACUACUAAUCUACUCCUCGCUCUGUCUACUGAGAGGGUGAAAGAUGUGUUCUUGACAAUUCAAAGUGAGGGAAUAAGACGCUUUAAUGAACUCGAAGGUACAAAAGAGUGCCGUGAAGAGAAGGUUCAGGCGAGUGUUGGCGGAAUGCGGCGCCACAAACCUCCACACAAACAAUUUUUAAUCCAUCGCUGCUCCCACUGCUUCAUGGCGUUGCUUUUGUUGGGCGAUCGGAGCAUCGUCACGCAGCCGCACCUCAAAACACGCAAGACAUUUAGUCCGCUUGCUGACCUCACUGACGCGGUUUGGUGCGUGGACUCACCUGGUGCAGGCCUUGCUGUCCUCUGUGGGACAAACGCCCAUGUGGACACAUCGCAGGUUGUCCGUCCUCUGACAGCCGGCGCUCCUGUUGCAAACACAAAGUCAACUACAAAUCUCAAAAUAUCGGAACCCACAAGGCAAUUUGUGACCCAUCUGUUUCAGAAAGCCUGACUAAAACCAAUCGUACGAAAACCAAAGCAAUAGUUCUCAUCAGAAAUCAUGUAAAUCCAAUUAGUCUGUCCUAGAGAACAAAAAAUAUAUUCCAUACAGAAAACUGAAAUAAAUGGUACAUGGACUGCACUUAUAUUGCGCUUUAUCUACACCAUCACAGUGCCCAAAGUCUCACAUUCACCCACACAUUCAUACAUCAAUGGGCGACUGCUGCCAGGCCCACUGGGAGCAAAUUAGGGUUCAGUGUCUUGCCCAAGGAGACUUCGACAUGCAGACAGUCGUGGCCAGGAUUCGAACCAAUGACCCUUCGGUCACUGGACGACGCACUCUACCUACUGACCCACAGCCGCCCAAAUACAGAUGACUAAUCGAGUGGCUAAGUUAACAUUUAGAGGGCACGUUUGCAGUUCCUCCACACAAAAAAAACCCAAAACUUUGUUGUACAGGUUAAAAAUGUAUAACCUGACAGAAUAUUAAAAGGAUCUUUUGAAAAA